AUGUUCCGCCAGUGCAUCGUGUGCUGCGGACGUUCUGCGGACGUGCUGUGUUCACACGAAGGACGGUGGUAUGUACCUGCAAGAAGGAGAAAACGGGCGUACGGCUGGAAAUACACUUUGGCAACAGCUGUAGUGCAGGUGUUUUUGGCCCAGCCUCCCAACUCCUGGACCAAGAGAUGCUGUGGUGUGGCAUGCUUUGUCAAGGACAACAGCGUACGCUCAUACUUCAUCAGAGUCUACGAUAUUGUGAACGGAAUGAAGUUUUGGGAACAGGAAUUGUACAACCAGUUCAAGUACAUUGUCGCAGAUGGCCAGCCUUUCUUCCACACUUUUGAAACAGAUACAUGUUGGGCCGCCCUCAACUUCGCCAAUGAUGCUGAAGCCGGUGAUUUUUGCAAUGCCAUCGAAGCUAAACUAAGGGCCAAGAUGCAGCGUAAACAGGGUAAAGAAGACAAAAAACGCCGCGCUCCAGAAGCAGCAGUCCCGAAUCGACCCAAACAUGCCCCUCCAGUUUAUUUAGUUUAUACGAGAAACCUUUUAUUUAGGGGUCAACAUGAUGCUGCUAACAUUCAGCCUCCAUCUCCGACAAUGAACACCACCUCAACCACCACCAACACGAACACCGCCACCAGUAAGAAGAAAGAUAAGAAAGGCAAAGGGAAGAAGUAUAAAGGGAUGGACCCAGAUGUCCUGAGCUGGUUGAAACACCUCGGUCUGAAUGAAAGCGACAUCCAGGACAAGAAAAACGUGGAAGUCAUCAAUCAGUUUGUAGAUGAACAUGGAGGAAUAAAUGCUUUUAAACAUAGAAUGUCUCAGAGGUCAAGAAUGCCUGCCCCUCCACCCCCGCCCCCGUCUCCUGGCUCUGCUGCUCCGCCUCCCCCACCAGGCAACUGUGUUGCUCUCCCACCACCUCCCCCAAGCCGUGGUCCUGCACCCCCUCUCCCACCCUCAUCUCGUGGGGCACCACCCCCACCCCCACCCUCGCGCGCUCUGCCCCCGACGCCCCCCUCUAUGGCCCCACCCAGCAUGCUCUCCCGGCCUAUGGCAGCCCCGGCUCCUCCACCCCCAACCCCAUCUGGAGGGGGUGGAACACCAACCUCUCCACCACCACCAGCUGUUGGAGCCGCUCCGCCCCCUCCCCCUAUCGUAGUGGGAGGGGGGAGAGGCCGUAUAGAUGACAUCCACAAGGGUACUGCCUUUAAGCGUGUGGAUCCAGAUGACCAGACAGCUCCAGCCAGCAGUGGACGUGGGGCGCUUCUGGAUCAGAUUAGGGGAGGAAAAGCCCUCAAAAAGGUGGAUAUGUCCGACCGGGAGGCAGAAGUGGCCCCCAGCUUUUCUCAGGAUGACCUAGGGGCUUCACUGCUCAAUGCUCUACGGAUCAGAAACUGUGUCAUCCACUCUGGUAAUGCAUGUUGUCACGGUGGGCCCUUCUCGUAUAAAGUGAUAGACCCAGACCUCCAGAACUGGUUGGAAAACCUCGGUCUAGAUGAAAGCCAAAUCCAGGACGAGAAAAACGUGGAAUUCAUCAAUAAAGAGGUCAAGAAUGCCUGCCCCUCCACCCCCCCCCCGUCUCCUGGCACUGCUGCUCCGCCUCCCCCACCAGGCAACCGUGUUGCUCUCCUACCACCUCCCCCAAGCCAUGGUCCAGCACCCAAACUCCCACCCUCAUCCCGCCGUGGGGCACCGAACCCACCCUCGCGCGCUCUGCCCCCGACGCCCCCUUCCAUGGCCCCACCCAGCAUGCACUCCCGGCCAAUGGCAGCCCCGGCUCCUCCACUCCCGACCCCAUCUCAAGGGGGUGGACCUCUAACCUCUCCACCACCGCCACUGCCAGCUGUUGGAGCCGCUCCGCCCCCUCCCCCCAUCAGAGUGGAAGGGGGAAGAGGCCGUAUGGGACUCAUAGAUGACAUCCACAAGGGUGUUGCCUUUAAGCGUGUGGAUCCAGAUGACCGACCAGCCCCAGCCAGCAGUGGACGUGGAGCGCUUCUGGAUCAGAUAAGGGGAGGAAAAGUCCUCAAAAAGGUGGAUAUGUCCGACCGGGAGGCAGAAGUGGCCCCCAGCGUUUCUCAGGAUGACCUAGGGGCUUCACUGCUCAAUGCUCUACGGAUCAGAAACUGUGUCAUCCACUCUGAAGACAGUGAUGACGAUUCUGAUGAUGACGACUUUGAUGAUGAUGACGAAGAGUGGGAGUAA